AUGUCUGAAAAAACUCGUCGAGAAAUGAAAGAUGAAGAUAGUGAAGUUGGUGAUAGUGAUUAUCAUACAGUUCAAUCAGAUCGUGGUCGUUCACUAUCUUCACUAACAUCAAUAAAAUCUCGUAAAAAUGAAGAAGAUUCGGAUAAAGAAUUAAUUCAUGUAUUAUCAUCAAAUCAAACAUUUGAUUUAAAUCGAAAAGCAAAAAAAACAAAAGGUUCAGCUGAAUUAGUUAAUUUAUAUGCAUCAUUAUUACCAUCGACAUCUUCAUAUCAAUCAACUAAAACAGCCGAUGAGAAAGAUCGACAAAAUACUUCUGCAAUUGCUGCUUCUAUUGAAUUUGUUAAACAUUUUCGAGGUCAUUUAGAACCAAUUAAAAUCAUACCAAAAAUCUGCCGUGCAUCACCAGUAUCAAUAAUUUCGUAUUGUCCAAAAUAUGACAUAGCUAUAUCAUGUGAUCAAUCAUCAAUUAUUAGCUAUUGGUCUCCGGAUGAUAUUGAUAAUUUAUCAUCAGAAAUUUUAUUUAAAUCAAAAUUAAAUACUGAUUUAAUUGAAUUAGUUAAAAGAAAAUUAAUUCCAUUAAUAUUAGAAUUUAAUGUAAGUGAUGAACAAUUUGCUUUAAUUGAAAAAUCAUUAACACAAAGAAAAUUAUUUUUAUUUGAUACAUUAAAAGGAAAAAUUUUUUAA